UAUCCGGAAACAGAAGUGGGUCGAGUAAUGGCGGAUUGUUGUUUUCUGGAAAGUGCAGCAGUCAUGUGUUUGGUUAAAGUUGCUGUGGAAUAAAUUAGACUUUUUCUUUCGUAGGCCUACAGGCGAUAAAAUGGCCACCUUAGUUCUGGACAACGGAGCCUAUACGGCGAAAAUAGGGUACAGUCAGGAGAAAGUCAGCGUCAUCCCAAACUGCCAGUUUCGCUCCAAGACGUCCAGAUUAAAAACCUUCACGGCCAACCAGCUCGAUGAGAUCAAAGAUCCUUCCGGUCUCUUCUACAUCCUCCCCUUCCAGAAGGGUUAUCUGGUGAACUGGGACGUCCAGAGGAAAGUGUGGGAUCAUCUGUUUGGAAAGGAGAUGUUUAAGGUGGAGUUCGCCGACACCAGCGUGGUCAUCACCGAGCCGUACUUCAACUUCACGUCCAUCCAGGAGUCGAUGAACGAGAUCCUGUUUGAGGAGUACCAGUUCCAGUCCGUUCUCAGGAUAAACGCGGGCUCUCUCAGCGCUCAUCACUACUUCCACACCAAACCCUCAGAGCUGUGCUGUUUGGUGGUGGACAGCGGCUUCUCCUUCACUCACAUCGCCCCCUACUGCCGCAGCAAGAAGAUGAAAGAGGGCAUCCGCAGGAUCAAUGUGGGAGGGAAACUGCUGACCAACCACCUGAAGGAGAUCAUAUCAUAUCGGCAGUUACACGUUAUGGAUGAAACUUAUGUGAUCAACCAAGUGAAAGAAGACGUCUGCUACGUCUCCCAGCAGUUUUACAAAGACAUGGAGAUGUUACAGAGGAAGAAGGGGGAGGAGAACAGCGUGAUGAUAGAUUAUGUUCUUCCAGAUUUCAGCUCCAUCAAAAAAGGAUUCUGCAAGCCGCGAGAGGAGAUGGUCUUAAGUGGGAAGUACAAGACCGGAGAGCAGAUCUUGAGGCUGGCCAACGAGCGCUUUGCUGUUCCUGAGAUGCUCUUUCACCCGUCAGACAUCGGCAUCCAGGAGAUGGGCAUCCCCGAGGCCAUCGUGGACUCCAUCCAGUCUCUGCCAGAAGAGAUGCACGCCCACUUCUACCAGAACAUCGUCCUGACGGGAGGAAACGCGUUGUUCGCCGGCUACAGAGAGCGACUGGAGGCCGAGCUGCGGUCGCUCGCCCCCGCCCACCUCCCCGUGUCCGUCCUACAACCUGCAAAUCCCAUCUGUUACCCGUGGGAGGGAGGGAAGCUGCUGGCUCACAGUCCAGACUACGACGAGAUAGUGGUGACACGAGAGGACUACGAAGAGAACGGACAUUUCAUCUGUGAAGAAAAGUUUGAUAUCUGACUGAAAUAAAACUGGGCUGCAGAUGGUUCAUCAUCAUCAUCAUCACCAUCAUCAUCAUGGACCGGAGGAAAUUAAUCUGCAUCUUAACAGAUCCAAGGCAUUAAAAAAAAUCUGCAAACUGACUCAACUCUGAUUUAAUUUAGGAUAAUCAGGAUCUGUCUUUGAAGUGCAAAAUGGAUUCAAACAAGUGAAAUGUGAAAUGAAAGUUGUUGUUUUUUUACAUAAACAUUAUUUCUGUGUUGUCUUUUUA